UCGAUCCGGGUCGAAGCUACCCAGUUUGUGAGAAUGGAGCCAUGAGGCUCGUUGGUUCUCACAUGACUCUCUCUCUCCCUCCUAAUCAAUCGAAUUUUUUUCAUGGUUUUUCUCUGACCAGGAAGUAAGCAGGUUCUCUCUGUCCCCGUCACAUAAAACAGGAAAGCGUGGCACUUCCUCUCUCUUGGGUUCCCUCCAUUAAAAUGUGUGGUUCCAAGGAACUGAUGAUCCACCCACCUCUACGCGCUACAAGCACUCUUUCUCUCUCUGUCCUUUGUUGCCCUGCCCGCCAUGCUGCUGCAUUCAAAUGCCUGCAACACGAAGCUUCUCACCACGUUCAACAAUAACCACCGUCUUCUUUCUCUUAAUGGUGGAAGACAUUGGCUAGAGAGUUGUUGCAGAAGCAGCUUUCGGUGUGGUUCCCCUUCUCUCUCUAAAACCUUUCGAAUUUCUCGUGGAUUUAUCGUGAGAGGUUCAUUCUGGCAGGCUCUCGCCAUGGCAGCUCAGGGCAACCUUUUCUCAGCUUUUGCUAGGCCCAAGUCUCCCAUCAAUGAGGUAUUGAAGAAUGUGGAGUGGCCAGAAAAGUUUCCCUUCAAAGAGGAGGAUUUUCAGCGGUUUGAUGAAUCUUCAGAUUCAUUGUUCUAUUCAACUCCUCGCUUCGUUACACAUAUCGAUGAUCCUGCCAUUGCCGCACUGACUAAGUUUUACUCAGCUGUUUUCCCCCCAAGUAACUCUCCAGGAGUAUGCCUGUUGGAUUUAUGCAGUAGCUGGGUUAGCCAUUACCCAAAAGGAUAUAAGCAAGAUAAAAUUGUUGGUUUAGGUAUGAAUGAAGAAGAGCUUCAGCGCAAUCCGGUUUUAACUGAUUAUGUUGUGCAAGAUUUGAAUGUCAACCCAAAGCUUCCUUUUGGAGACAAUUCGUUUGAUGCAAUUACUAACGCGGUUAGUGUCGAUUACCUAAACAAGCCAAUUGACGUGUUCAAGGAGAUGCAAAGGGUUCUUAAGCCAGGUGGUCUUGCAAUAAUGAGUUUCUCAAAUCGUUGCUUCUGGACAAAGGCUAUCUCCAUAUGGACCUCCACGGGUGAUGUCGAUCAUGUUUGGAUUGUUGGUGCUUAUUUCCAUUAUGCUGGUGGUUUUGAUCCUCCUGAGGCACUAGAUAUUUCUCCUAACCCUGGGCGCUCAGAUCCAAUGUACGUUGUGUAUGCACGAAAAUUGGCUGCUUGAGCAUGUAUGCAUCAAACUCUGCUACCUCAUAUCAUAAGCCAACUUGGAUGCCUUCGCAUUUAUUUAUUCUAUUAUUUGUAAAUAGGAAGAGAAGGAAAAGGGAGAUAAUCCUCAAGAGGGGUGCUACUCAUCACUUUUGUGGUGAAAUGUAGAUCGACACUGAACUUUCUUCUUCACUUGUUGGGGAAAUUCAUUAAUAGUUGGUAAUUUGGACUUUUGAAAAAAGUUUAUACCUUUAAGUGUAGCAGAUUCUUUGUUAUCUUUUGUUUCAAAAAAAUUGUAACUUUUCCAGUAGAAAAAGCUCAAAAAGGAUUCUGUGACAGACAAACCAGGUGGCGGAAGGUACACAGAGAAGGCUAUUGGACUUAUUCAAUGGAAGAACUCUACACAUACCCAAGCAAUGUAGGUUAUAGUGAGUCCUAAAACCUAACAUGUGUAACGACACUUGGAGCUGAAGUUUCCACCUCAUACAUAUGAGGUGAGGUGAAAUGUUCAUUAAAAAUAUGAUAAACAGUGUAAAGAAGAAUUGCAUAUUUAUUUAGUUAUUUUGACAAUA